UUUUGAGUGAAAAUGAGUUUUUCGGUGGGGAUGACCUAAGAUCCAAAAGGCUAUCCUGUAUUUCGCCUUCAACACACUGUCACUGCCACGCCUCACCUAUAAUCCUUGCCAAGGGCCAAGGCCAUGGUGGCUCUCUGCCUUCCCUCGCUCCACCUCUUCUUCUAUCCCUCUUCCAGCUUCCGCUCCUCCUUCUAUUCUCCAUAUAAGACUCCCAUAUCUUUACCCAAGCUCUGCGCGUCCCUGAUUGCCAGGGAAGAAGUUCCAGAGGCGGAGGAGCCGCCUUUACCUUCUUCUUUAAGGGGAGUUGAUCGAAAACCCUCGUCUAUUCCUGAAGGCGCAGUGACCCCACUCUCGGUGGACUUCAAUGCUUGGUACCUUGAUGUCAUCGCGAAGGCAGAGCUCGCCGAUUACGGUCCCGUACGCGGAACCAUGGUAAUCCGGCCGUAUGGAUAUGCUAUAUGGGAAGCGAUACAGGAGUAUUUGAAUGCAAAGUUUAAGGAGACUGGACACAGUAACAUGUACUUCCCUCAGUUCAUACCGUACUCAUUUAUAGAAAAGGAAGCCAGCCAUGUUGAAGGUUUCAGUCCAGAAUUAGCAGUAGUGACCAUUGGAGGAGGAAAGGAGCUUGAAGAAAAACUUGUGGUAAGGCCAACUAGUGAAACAAUUGUGAAUCACAUGUUUACUCAAUGGAUUCAGAGCUAUCGGGAUCUUCCUAUAAUGAUUAACCAGUGGGCUAAUGUUACAAGAUGGGAAAUGAGGACUAAGCCAUUUAUAAGGACUCUUGAGUUUCUGUGGCAGGAAGGGCAUACUGCCCAUGCCACUGCUGAGGAGGCUGAAAAAGAGGCAUUGCAGAUGAUUGAUGUGUAUAAAAAAUUUGCUUAUGAGCAAGCUGCGAUACCUGUUAUUGCAGGUAGAAAAUCGAAGGCAGAGACAUUUGCUGGUGCUUCCUGUACCUAUACAAUUGAAGCCAUGAUGGGUGAUAGAAAAGCCUUGCAAGCAGGAACUAGUCAUAACCUUGGCCAGAAUUUUUCUCGUGCGUUUGAAACUCAGUUCACAGAUGAAAAUGGAGAGAGGCAACAUGUUUGGCAAACUUCUUGGGCUAUUAGUACUCGCUUUGUUGGUGGCAUUAUCAUGACACAUGGAGAUGAUACUGGCUUAAUGCUUCCUCCCAGGCUGGCACCAAUACAAGUUGUAAUAGUUCCAAUUUGGAAGAAAGGCAAUGAGAGAAUUGGAGUUCUUUCUACUGCUGCAUCAGUUGAACAAAUUCUGAAAUCUGCAGAGAUCAAAGUCAAAAUUGACAACUCAGAGCAGAGAACUCCUGGUUGGAAAUUUAAUUUCUGGGAGAUGAAAGGUGUUCCCGUGAGGAUUGAAAUUGGUCCUCGUGAUGUUGCCAAUGGUAGUGUGGUGGUAAGUCGGAGAGAUGUGCCCGGAAAACUUGGUAAAGAUUUGGGGAUAUCUAUGGAGCCUUCAGUGUUGAUAGCUCAUGUGAAGAGCACGUUGGAAGAUGUCCAGGCAUCACUUCUACGAAGAGCUACACUUUUUCGUGACAGAAACAUAGUGGAUGUGAGCUCAUACGAGGAGUUGAAGGAAGCAAUUUCCCAAGGAAAAUGGGCAAGGGGUCCUUGGUCAGCAAGUGAUGUUGAAGAGCAGAAGGUGAAAGAAGAAACAGGAGCAACAAUAAGAUGCUUCCCAUUUGAUCAACCUGAGGGCUCCAAGGUCUGUUUUAUGACUGGUAAUCCAGCUGAACAAGUUGCUAUUUUUGCAAGAUCAUAUUAACAUACAGCACUCAUCUCCUUUCUUUGUUCUCGAGUGCUUGUAUCAUUAAUAUUAUCUUGAUUAUAAAUUCAUUUAUUUCUCCAGACAAGUUAUCCUUUUGAUUAUUAACAGCCAAUAAUGGUAUUAUUAGCAAUUCUAUAAUAUUACACUUCGUUU